AUGACUGGAUUCUCGUCGAGAAACGGUUCUGUGGAGCCCCCGGAUGAGAGACAGGCUUUAAUCAGCGAUACAGCUCGCAUCAACUCUGGUUUUCGCCAGCAACGUCAAAAGCCUCGGCGCCACUGGUCUCACUGGCCUAGACGAAUUGCUCAUCUAACAUGGUCGACUCUUGUUCGUGAUUAUGUCAAUGUCCUUCUCAUUUUCGUGCCACUGGGCAUCAUUGCGGGUGCGCUGCACUGGGAUAGCACCGUCAUCUUUACGCUCAACUUUUUGGCCAUUAUCCCGCUGGCUUCACUUCUGAGUUUCGCAACCGAGGAGUUGGCAGCGACUAUGGGUCAGGCUCUAGGCGGCUUGAUGAAUGCAACGUUUGGUAACGCUGUCGAAUUGAUUGUUAGCAUAAUCGCAUUGAAAGAUAACCAAAUUCGGGUUGUUCAAGCCAGCAUGCUUGGGAGCAUUCUGUCGAACAUCCUGCUUGUCCUUGGGUGUUGCUUCUUCAUCGGAGGACUACGUUACUCCGAGCAAACCUUCAACACCACAGUAGCAUCGACCAUGUCUUCACUGAUGACGGUCGCAUCCGCUUCUCUUAUCAUUCCUGCCACACUGUACGCCUCAUUAAGCGGGGCUGACAAGGGGGAGAGGAGAGACAACAUCCUCAUCCUUUCUCAUGGCACGGCGAUCAUUCUUCUUAUACUCUAUGUGAUGUACCUUUACUUCCAGCUCAAGUCGCACGCAGAUCUCUUUGAAGAAGCCAACAAUGAGAUCAAUGACGCGGAGAAUCAAGCCGGGGAUGCGGGGCCGGAGGAAGAAGAGGAAAGACUGCUCAAUCCGUGGGCUGCGACAGUUGCUUUGAUUAUUGUGACGAUUCUUGUGGCUAUCUGCGCCGAUUACCUUGUUGGUAGUAUCGACAGCAUCGUGCAGAAGACCGGCAUGAGCCGUACCUUUAUCGGUCUUGUUCUGAUUCCGAUUGUUGGUAACGCCGCCGAGCAUGUCACCGCCGUAGUGGUUGCUUGGAAGGGCAAAAUGGACUUAGCUAUCGGAGUUGCCAUUGGGAGCAGUCUCCAGAUCGCCCUGUUUGUUACUCCAUUCCUCGUUCUUCUUGGCUGGGUUAUGAAUGUGGACAUGACCCUGCACUUCCAAAUUUUUGAAACUGUCGCUUUCUUCAUCUCUGGCCUCGUCGUGACUUUCCUCAUUCAGGAUGGAAAGUCCAACUACCUUGAAGGCGGGCUGUGUCUGGGAAUGUACAUUAUCCUCGCACUUGCUUUCUAUGUUUAUCCGGACAGCGCCAGCGACGAUGCCCUGUUCGUCCAUUGA